AGAGAGAGAGAAAGAGAGAGAAAUUCAGACCUAAUUCAGAACCAGAAAUUUCAAUGCAGACAAUUUUCCAAUUUGAUCGGAGUAGUUCAUCAGAUCAUUAGUUUCAGAACUUUUUGCAAACGAUUCAGGCAGUUUCUUACAUCAGUCACUCUCUCUUUCCAAAGUGUACAUUCUUCUUCUGUAAAGAUCAGAACUUUAUAACAUAUAAAAAAAAGAAAAAAAAAUGCACAGUCGGAUUCCUGGAAUGGAAGGUACAAAUACAGAUCCACCAUCAAUAGAUUGGAACAACAACACUGGAGUUGGAGUAAUAGUAUCGGAAACUGGCCUUGAAGAAUCUAUGUGGCAGUUAGGAUUAGGGGGAGGAGGGAGUAGGAAUACUACUUCUGGUUCUUCUUAUCCAGAGAGACUUGGUGAACCAAAUUGUGUUUAUUAUAUGAGGACUGGUUCCUGUGGUUAUGGUAUUAGAUGUCGAUUUAAUCAUCCCCGUGAUCGUACUUUGGCUUUGGGAGCUGUAAGACAAGGAGAAGGAGAUUAUCCAGAGAGGGAAGGGGAACCUGUAUGCCAGUAUUUUAUGAAGACUGGGACUUGCAAAUUUGGUUCUUCUUGCAAGUUCAAUCAUCCAAAAUUUGAAGGUGGAACGGGCAAUGCUGUGUUACUAAAUUAUUAUGGAUACCCACUUCGGCCGGGAGAGAAAGAGUGUUCCUUCUAUAUAAAGACGGGGCAAUGCAAAUUUGGUGAAACCUGUAAAUUCCAUCAUCCACAACCCUCAAGUCUGACGGUACCUGCACCAGCACCUGAAUUUUAUCAAGCAGUUCAGUCUUCUCUAGUUCCUUCUACCCAACAAUUUGGAGGAGUGCCCGCCAGCUGGCAAGUUGGUAGGCCCCCGUUGAUGCCUGGUUCAUUUGUUCAAGGGACUUAUGGGUCAGUGUUGGUAUCUGGAGGAAUGGUUCCCAUUUCAGGCUGGAGUCCUUAUCCGGGAUCUGUAGGCCAAGUUGCAUCUCCAAGUAAUCAGCCCACUUUUGGAGCUGGAUCACCUUAUGGGGUAACACGGCUAUCUCCCUCUGCACCUGCAUAUACAGGAGCUCCCCCACCCUUACCCAUGUCUGCUGCAAUUUCAAGCAGUGGCGAGAAGGAAACUGUUUACCCUGAUAGACCUGGCCUACCCGAGUGUCGAUACUACAUGAGAACGGGGGAUUGUAAAUAUGGUUCCAUGUGUAGAUACCAUCAUCCUCCCGAAUUAAUAGCUCCAAAUACAAUGGUCCUCAGUCCUAUGGGUCUUCCUCUUCGUCCGGGAGCUCCACCUUGCACUUUCUUCGCUCAAUAUGGAGUUUGCAAGUUCGGUCCGACAUGCAAAUAUGACCAUCCAAUGGGGACCCUCAGUUACAGUCCAUCUGCAUCCUCCCUUACUGAUAUGCCAGUUGCCCCGUACCCUGUUGGUUCUUCUCCAACUACGCUGGCCCCAUGUUCAUCGUCUUCAGAGUUACGGCCGGAGUUGAUUACCGGAUCCAGCAAGGAAUCGUUUAUAACAAGAGUACCAUCCUCAGAGAAUGCAUCCAGUGGUUCAGUAGGUUCUAUUUUCUCAAAGAGUAGUAUUGUGCCUCAUUCAAGUCUACCGUUGGCUGGUCAGAGUUCUGCCCCUUCAACUGGUAGCAGCGCAGGUCAUGAUGGUGAGAUCGCUGGCUCUAGUUGAUCAACAACGCCCGAAAACCAUCAUGUUUUUUUGUAGAUCACCAUGUAUUUUUGUACUCAUCUCUCAGAUAAGCACUUCGAUCACACUCCAGCUUCAAUAUUCUGAUUCAGGUCCAUCCGCUCAACUCUUCCUGUUCAUAUAUCUUUUUGUAUUCCUCACUCUUUCAAUUUCGAAUAAGUUAUAACCGGUCCUCCAAUGGUAUGACAACCCCUUUAUUGUCUUUCCCUUCCGCUUUCUUAAUAACCUUGAUAGAACAUCACUUUCACUAGGUGAAAUCUCAUCACUUCCAUCUUUUAAAUCAGCCAGAUCUAUCAAGUUAUGGUCCAUUCGGAAUGAAAAGGAUCAGUCAGUCCCAUGAAGUUCUCUUUCUUUUUCCCUUUUUAACUUAUAAACAGGCUUGUCCUUCCUCUCUUCUUCGUCUUUUUCACUUAUGGGAACAGGUACGUUUAUAAUCUCAACUGGAAAGAGAUUUGGUGCUCUUCUCUUCUCUUCCCCUUUUGUACUAGGGGUUUGUUGUGAAAAAAGAAAUGAAAAGUAUAUUUAUGUUCAGAUACCCCCAAAGCAAAGCUCAAAUUAAGGGGGAAUCUCACUGCUCCUCCCCCCAGAGAGGUCAGAAACAAUGUUAUAUAGUAAAGUUGAAUUGCUGGAUAAUUAUUCAUACUUUGUUAUUGAAACACGAAAACGAAGAAUCCCCCUUAACUUCAUAUAUGUUUACACCUCAGUUUAUUCAUGUACUUCCGUUGAUCGAUCUUUUUGUUCCUACUUGAAUUACCUUUCUUCAUAUAUGUAGUAUUUCAGUAUCAAUACGUUAUUACUUUCUAAGUUGUAUGACUAGUGGUAUGACUGUACCGAGUUGAUGAAAAUGUGGGAAGAAGAUUUAGACAGU